CCUCUGCCCACGGGUUGUUGAGGGGCCGUUUCAAGUCGCCUUGUCUUCCAAGUGAGAAAAGUUGGAGAGGAAGUAGGGUGCGUGGGCAGAGCUUGCUCCACAGUGAACACUGGGGUGGGUGCCCGGGCAUCAGAAAGUGCGGCGCACCCGAGAGGAACCCGGGCGAGGAAGGGCCUCGCCCAGCGACCCCGGGGCUGGGCCGGACCCCGCUCCCCGGGGAUGUGUUCCGAGAACCCGGCUAGGAAACCUCUUCCCCCGAGAACCAGGAAGUGAGGCCAGCACCCGGCAGAGAUGCUCGGACGUGCAAAGCAUUGCUUCUCCAGGGGAGUCGAAUUAGCUCGUUUCUCCUGCUUCCAAGCUUCCAGGAAAUUAGAAAGUCGAGAGGGGUUGUGGGGAUCAGGAAUAGAAGAUGAACAAACCAAUAACACCAUCAACAUAUGUACGCUGCCUCAAUGUUGGACUAAUUAGAAAGCUGUCAGAUUUUAUUGAUCCUCAAGAAGGAUGGAAGAAGUUAGCAGUAGCUAUUAAAAAACCAUCUGGUGAUGAUAGAUACAAUCAGUUUCACAUAAGGAGAUUUGAAGCAUUACUUCAAACUGGAAAAAGUCCCACCAGUGAAUUACUGUUUGACUGGGGCACUACAAAUUGCACAGUUGGUGAUCUUGUGGAUCUUUUGAUCCAAAAUGAGUUUUUUGCCCCUGCGAGUCUUUUGCUACCAGAUGCUGUUCCCAAAGCUGUUAGAACACUGCCUUGUAAAGAAGCUGUAACAGUCGAGCAGAACCAGAUGCCUCGCUAUGAUAAAGACAGGUCAUUUGUGAUACCUGUGCGGAAUCCUGAACAAAACCAUAUGCCACCUGACUCCUCAAGUGCAGAAAGUUUAGAAGUUAGUGAUACGCGUUUUCACAGUUUUUCAUUUUAUGAGUUGAAGGAUGUCACAAAUAACUUUGAUGAACGCCCCAUUUCUGUCGGUGGCAACAAAAUGGGAGAGGGCGGAUUUGGAGUUGUUUAUAAAGGCUACGUGAACAACAGGACUGUGGCUGUGAAGAGGCUUGCAGCAGUGGUUGACAUUAGUACUGAAGAACUGAAACAACAGUUUGAUCAAGAAAUAAAAGUAAUGGCAAAGUGCCAACAUGAAAAUUUAGUAGAACUACUUGGUUUCUCAAGUGAUGGAGAUGACCUCUGCUUAGUAUAUGUUUACAUGCCUAACGGUUCAUUGCUAGACAGACUGUCUUGCUUGGAUGAUACUCCACCACUUUCUUGGCACAUGAGAUGCAGGAUUUCUCAGGGUGCAGCUAAUGGCAUCAGUUUUUUACAUGAAAACCAUCAAAUUCAUCGAGAUAUUAAAAGUGCAAAUAUUUUACUGGAUGGAGACUUUACAGCCAAAAUAUCUGACUUUGGGCUUGCACGGGCUUCUGAGAAGUUUUCCCAGACAGUCAUGACUAGCAGAAUUGUGGGAACAACAGCUUACAUGGCACCUGAGGCUUUGCGAGGAGAAAUAACACCCAAAUCUGACAUUUACAGCUUUGGUGUGGUUUUACUAGAAAUAAUAACUGGACUUCCAGCUGUGGAUGAACACCGGGAACCUCAGUUGUUGUUUGAGUACUCACAGAGAAGUUUGAAUGAAGGGAGGGAAUCUGUUUUCAGAAGUUGGAACUGUGUUAUCAGGAGCAAAUCAAGAAGCAGACCAUCCUGCACUGGCAGCAUACUAGAUAUUAAAGAAGAAAUUGAAGAUGAAGAAAAGACAAUUGAAGAUUAUGUUGAUAAGAAGAUGAAUGACAUUGAUUUCACUUCCAUUGAAACUAUGUACUCUGUUGCCAGUCAAUGUCUGAAUGAAAAGAAAAAUAAGAGACCAGACAUUAAGAUGGUCCAACAGCUGCUGCAAGAAAUGAUGGCUUCUUAAAACUUUAGAAGAAUAGACUCUUGGCUUUUUAAUAUACAGCUAUCAAAACCAUUUUCUAGACUAAAUGUUCUGGUAAACAUUCUUUUUUACCUUUAACAAAGCAGCAUGAUGUAGUGCAGUGGUUAUUAAAGCUUAUGUAGAACCCCCAACAUACAGAACAAACAGAAGUAGAGCUGCCAUAUCAAUGCUUGGCCUGAACUUCUUAGUGUCACCCUCCAUUCAUGCAGUAAUCCCUUGAAACGUCUUCUUGGAACCUCACCAAACACAAUUUGAAAACUACAGGAUUAGCAAAAAAGAAGACUGGACUAUAGAAUGAAAAGGCCCAACUCCACUACUAAUUUUCUAUAAAGCUAUGGUCAAUCUCCUC